CAUUUUAGUACUUUCAGUGUGUGGCUAUAAAAGGAGGUGCUUUUCGAUGCUGUGAGCAAGUUAAAACUAAAGGGAAAUCACAAUGAAGACUUUCAUGUUCUUUGUUAUGACUCUCAGUGUUUGUGCUCUGGCUAUGCCAGCAGAGACAAAGUCUUACCACAAUGAUCAUUACAGAAAUGAAGUUAUGAACACUAUCAAAGCAAUGUCACCACCACAAGGCAUGGCACUUGUCUCUGAUAAUUAUAAAAGUAUUCUGGAUAACAUUACAGUUAAAGUUAAUGGAACUGAAAUUUGUGUUUACUACUUACUGGACAAGCUUGGUUGUGCUGAUAUUCACCAAGCGUGUGGAAUAAAGAUUGGUCCAGUAACUAUUGGUUGUGCUGAUGAUGAGGAAAACUAUCUUGGAUUGUGCUAUAAGAAAUGUUCACUUCUUGCUAGUGCAGAUUUUCCAUUACGCACAGCAACAAACACAUGUGCGAAAGAUGGAUGUGAUGAAGAUGAAGAAAAUGAUGCUGGCCUGUGCUAUCCUAAAUGCAAAGAACACUAUGUGGGAGUUGCCACAAUUUGCUGGGGAUAUUGCGACCAUUUUUGUGGACCAGAGUAUGAUGAUGUGGGCCUAUACUGCUACCAGUGGUGGCCACCAAAAAGCUGUUCCAAGCCAAGUUAUGAUAGAGGUGCUGGUAUCCUGCCUUACAAACUCUGGACCAAUGGAUUGGGAUGCAAUGGGUUUGGUGUGAAUAAUCAAGGAGGAUGUGCUAAGAUUGAUAUCUCUGGUUUGGUGCCCAUUGAUCUUGGAUGCAACAAGCAAUAAUCUGGCCUAAUACAAUAACAGCGCAUUAAGAAGUAAUAUAGGAAUGUUUGUUAGGACUAUUUUUAUAGAUAUUUUUUAUGCUUCUUAUUGUCAUGCAUAUAUAAUAAACUUUAA